UUGGUUUGCGCCAUUUGCGCACGGAUUUCAAAUAAGAGGCAGCGGUCUGGCGGUGGCGGAUUUCAUUUAGUUGCUUCGCCGGUGGCUGAAAUACAGCUUCUUGGCUCAAAAGAGAGGAGUUAAACUAAUUUUUUGGUCAUUAUUAUAGAGAUUUAAUCGGACUGCCCAGUUGGUGUACAUGUUUUAUUCCAGGACAGAGACAAUGAAGCGUCCUGUUUUUGAAGCUACAAAGGACAAAACUAUGGAGAAAAAAAGCCCUGCUGGUGCAGACUCAAAGGUGCUUCACCUAAAAGCUUCCCCAAUAAAAGAUCCCUCAUCCUUCAAAUCGACUCAGACCCCCCCCUCAGACCUGAUCAUGGGGCCACUCUCAGCCAAGGGUGGCACUCCUGCAGUUCACAACAAGGAAAACUCCAGCAAGGACCACGACAGGACUCUGGACGAGUGCUUCGAGGACAGUGGUUAUUUAUCUUUGCACACUAGUCAGAUUGAUCCCAGUGUGAAACAUGACGAUGACGACAACGUACUGGGGAGAUCCAUGAUGUUGCAAAAUGCCAAUUUACUAAUUAGAUCACCUUCUAAAUGUCAAGGAAGGACUAAAGCCAGAUCUCCAGCAUGUUUGGAGGUUACCACUCCUGUGAAUCCUCUUAGAAAGAAGAGUGUCAUACUAUCAUCCACCCCCUGCAGCCAGCACAGUGAUUCCACUUUGCCUAUUCUGAAUUUCCAACAGGAAGUGUGUGAUAAGCUUGCUAAGAGCUUUAAAAAGAAUAAGAAGUAUGACUUGAGCAUCAUCUCUGCAGUUGCACAGAAACAUAUUUUGGAUCGUGUAAUCGGCGGCCAUAUGGGCCUGGAGUAUGUCGACAUGUUUACAUCUCUGAUGCACAGGAACAUGAGGAUCAUCCUAAAGCACAUACUGUCCUUGUUGGGAGAUCUAGAUCUGAUUAGCUGUAAGGAAGUAAGUAAAAACUGGAAGCGGAUCAUCUGUGAGGACAACGCAGCUCUCAGUAGGUGUCAGCAAGCUGAGCAGGCCCUCAGGGUGUCGAGCGGCUCUCUGGGACAGCGGCCUAGUGGUAUGACAAGAGCAGAGUCCAGGGUGGCGCUUUCCUGUAUGCAGCCUGUGGCAUCUCCCCGCUCUUCAUCUCUGUCCAAUCAGAGCAGUAGAAGCUCUCGCUUUAAUGAAUACCUGCAGGCUGCCAGUAAACUGAAGCAGCACGAGUCUCUGCGACCGUGCAGGCGUUGUGGCUCUCCGGCUUCCUAUUUGGCGGAGGCUCAGAGGGCGAAGUGCACUCGCGCCAGCUGUCUCUUUGAGUUCUGCACCCGCUGUCAGGAACCUUUUCAUGGUUCGUCCCCCUGCCGAAUGGUGCAACCCCGUUUGAACUUCUCCGCCUCCAAGGGGAACGUGAUCAUACCUGGCAGUGCUCGCAGCAAGAGGAACGUACGACGCCUGUGAUGUAUUUAUAAAGGGGGGGGGGGGUUCUGCAGUAGCAGCUCCAACCAGACCUCAUAAAGCUGUUGCUCGCCACUAAAAAAAAAGGAAACAUUUCCUAGCUGCUGAACUGAACCAAAAGAGAAGCACUUCAAACCCUGGGGGGAACCAAAUGGUGUUUUAAGCUUUUGUUGCUUAUGAGCAACACAACGGUGUUCCAAAUAAGGAAGACACGAAGACUGAUACUCCUUCAGUUGUACAAUUUUUAGUGCUUUUAACAUGAAUUGAUGUAAAUAAAUGACAUUUUAUACACUUUUAGAUAUUUUAAAUAAAUGUGUACAUCGGAAUCUUUCAGAGUGACUGUAUUUGUAUCAUUCGUGUCUGUAAAAUGGACGUUUUCUUAAAAUCUA